AUGGAGGGUAAGGAUGAACCUAGGGCUGAAUGUAACUAUUGUGGUAAAGACUACGCAUGUGACACAAAAAAUCAUGGCACUAGUAACAAGUGGAGUCAUUUGCAACAACAAUGCAUGAAAUAUCCCUAUAGGGUUGAUAAAAGGCAAAAGAUAUUAUCUUUUGAGCCUAAAAAUGAAGGAGGAGAAUAUGGUCUCACUAUUGGUAAGCUAAAAGCAGUGACUUUAAGUGUUAAGGAAGCUAGAAAGGAGCUUGCUAAAAUGGUUAUAAUUGAUGAAUUGCCUUUUAGGAUUGUGGAGGGGGAAGGAUUUAAGAACCACUGA